AUGUCCCUUCCGACCCCCAUCCACAAAUUUCCAAUCUGUGUCACCGAGGCAAUAGCCAUGACCGCAUUAGCAGAUCUGCAGUACUUUGGCCUUGACCCUACCAUCCAUAUGUGCAUUGCUGAUUGCCAUGGUACUCACCUCUCUCUGGCUGUGGGGGCGAAAGGAUUGGUAGUCAACAAUAAUGUUUGUUACCAUGUCAGAGAUCCUACUGACGGGAAGGAUUAUGUGAUGAAGGACUGUUGGGUGCCUGAGGCAAAGAGAUAUCACGAGGUGGCCAUUCUCAACCCGAACAACUUCAUCAUUUAUGAGGGUAACAGCUACUUCAUUGAUUUCGAUCAUGCUGGAUUUAUAGAGGAAGGCAAGAUGUCUACAAUUUCAUUUGGUACUGGGACUAUCUCAUAUAUCUCCAUGCGUGUCCUUAAGAAGAUGUUGAGAAAUGCCGAGACCAUUAAAAAGACUGCUGAUGCUACUCAGCUGCAGCAAAUCGAACACUACAUGUGCGAUGACCUUGAGUCUAUGUUUUACAUUUUUUUCGAAUUUGUUAUGAAGUAUGGGGGGGCACGUGGUGUAGUCGCACCAACAUGGGAUAAGCUGGCAAUGCCAUGGUCGGAGGCCUAUGAAAACUUAGGUGCCAGUGGUCUACUUACCACCUUCUUAUCGAAGAAGGGGGCCAUAUCCAAAGGCGACUUUCUAAUGGACAGAGUCUCCAAUUAUUUUUUGGAAUUCAAACCCCUAGUCAAUGAAUGGCACGGUCAAAUCCACCUCACAGAAAUUGACACCAAUGCCACAAUCAUUCACGAUCACAUAUUCGAGAUGCUUGUAACGUUCAUCGCGAAACUCAAGGACUCAGAUGAAAUACCCAUCCCAAUCCCACUGCCCUAUCCUCCUCCUCAGUCUCCUACUGUUCAACCCACCGCAGUCACAGCUGACAAUAUUGCUCGAUGCCUCCCAAGAAGAGGGCUAGAUGUUCUACCAAUGCUCAAGACAACACAGCACCUUGUCGACAAAGCUCAAGAUCGAAUUGCGGUGUUGGCGGCCAUGCAGCACAGCUUCAAAAAGCUGGAGAAGCGGUAG